CCCACCUUAAUCUCCCCACCACCAUCACCACCUAUACAACUCUCACACAACCACGACCACACACAAUGCCCAGUAACAAACGCAAGCAAGACCCCACUGACGAUGGCGACAUCACCAUGGAAUCCGCAGCGUCAGACAACGGGAACGACAGUGGCUCGGACGACGACAUGGACAUGGUGAACGUAGAUUUCGAGAUGUUCGACCCGCAGCCCGCGCACGAUUUCCACGGGAUCAAGAAUCUUUUGCGGCAGCUAUUCGACGCAGACUCGACACUAUUCGACCUAUCGUCGCUCACGGACCUGAUCCUAUCGCAGCCGCUCCUCGGCACCACCGUCAAGACCGACGGCAACGAAUCGGACCCGUUCGCCUUCCUGACCGUGAUCAACCUGCACACGCACGCGGCGCACCCCGCGGUCGCCACGCUCGCAAACUACAUCCUGAGCAAAUCGGCCUCCAACUCGGCGCUGCGCACGAAGCUGGCAGGACUUCUCGCGCCGAGCAGCACAGCCCAGGUCGGACUGAUCCUGACUGAAAGGCUGAUCAAUAUGCCCGUGCAGGUCAUCCCGCCGAUGUACAAGAUGCUGCUGGAGGAGAUCGAGUGGGCCCUGCAGGAGGGCGAGCCCUACAACUUCUCGCACUUCAUCGUGCUGUCGAAGAGCUACGUUGAGGUCGCGUCGAAGCUCGACGAGAUGGAGGAUCGCCCCAGUAAGAAGGGGAAGAAGCAGAAGAGGAAGGGGAAGAGUGAGAUUUUCUAUUACCAUCCUGAGGAUGAGACGAUCCGUAGAAGGUGUGGCGAGGAUAGCGUGGCGGAUUUUAGGUUUGAGAAGGAGGGCGAGGUUGCGGAUUCGAAGAGGGCGUUCAGCGAUAUGGGGAUCAAGCCGCAAGGGCUCAUGAUGUGCGUGGAGAAAGACGGGUUCAAGACCAUGCUGGAGGACUUGGAGGGACUGUUCAAGCCGUGAUGGUACCGAAUCUUGUUCAAAUCAUUCAGACUCAAUCAUAAAUAAUC